AUGAAGAAAGUGAUAUUGAAGACAAGCAAGUUGAUUAGAGAAUCCAAUCAUCAAUCUCAAGAAAAUAAAAAAAAAUCGCUUUUGCUUCAACAUUUCUUAGUUAUGAUGGAAGAAAAUUCAGGAAAACUCAAAAGAUCUGAAGAAUAUUUCAAUAAACAUUUAAGUUAUGAGGGUUUAGUAAAAUAUCAAUUUCACCCUUCGACAUGCUUGAAAGUUGAGGCGAAUGAUGGAGAAAAGAAGCAGAACGAGAAAGGGAAAUGUUGUUCAGUGGUUGGAGAGCACCAACCACUUUAUCACACUCUGGCUGUUAACACCGGAAGGGAAAAAGACUUUCUAAUUGCUGUUAGUUUCAAUCUUAGCGAUAAUGUCACGGUCAAGAGGGUUUUAAGGAUUUCAUGUUCAUUCAAAGCGAAGGUCGAUGUUCAAAAGGAAAGUCUUUGUUAA